AUGGAGAUGCCUGUAAAUGAUCCUACUGUUGAGCUACCUAAAGAGACUGAGGAGACUGCAAAUUAUCAUGCACCCAAUAUUUCUUCUGAUUGGCAUCUCACUCCAAACACCACAACAAACUCAUCGAUUGGGAUACUUUCAUCCUGUCCUUCCACCUCUUUGGUGGGCUCUUUCUGCUCUCCCGUGUGGGACCCACCGAUAAACGGGCAGGUUCUAGGCUACAGCGAUGUGAACACACAAAACGAUGCCAGCACGUCGACGAGCCCUUCACGAGCCGGUGCCAAUUGGAUGCCGAACGUGGCCUUGAGACAAAAUAUGUUUAUGCCGACGACUUUUCCGAGCAUGGUUGUUCCUCCUGGUUUGCCCAACUUUCCGGAAGAUUCGGGCUUUAUCGAGCGUGCCGCAAGGUUUUCUUGCUUCAGUGGAGGGAACUUGAGUCAGAUUGUCAAUCCAUUCACCAAUCUUGGUCAUAUGAAACCAGAUUCUCGUCCGGGACUAAUGCAACGUCCAAACGAGGCUUUAGUGGGAGAUGGGAACGGUGGAAGCCGAAGCCCGUUCAAGAACGAGAAGAAAAUCGAGAAUUUUAGGCGGUCCCAUGAUGAUGAAGUCAAAAACCGGGUUGAUGUGUUGGGUACUCGACAUGAAGAGGCCGAAUUUAGCGGUCGAGAAGAGCUUUCGGGUAAAGGGGUUGGAUUGAAGAAGAGGAAAAGAGCUGAGCAGAAAAUUGUGAAUGGCGAAAAUAACGAAGCUGCACAACCGGCUAUCGAGACUGAGAAGGACACGAACGAAACUAGAGGAAAGGGUAAUGAAAAUGGGGACCCGAGUGAAAAAGGGCCCGACCCGCCCAAGGAAGAGUACAUACAUGUUCGAGCACGAAGAGGCCAGGCUACAAAUAGCCACAGUCUUGCCGAAAGGAUAAGAAGGGAGAAGAUUAGUGAGAGGAUGAAAUUUCUGCAGGAUCUUGUCCCGGGUUGCAGCAAGGUCACUGGAAAAGCUGUAAUGCUGGAUGAGAUCAUCAAUUAUGUGCAAUCCCUUCAGCGGCAAGUUGAGUUCUUGUCGAUGAAGCUUGCAACGGUGAACCCGAGUCUCGAUUUCGAUAUGGAAGGGUUUCUUGCUAAAGAUAUCCUACAGACUAGAGCUGGUCUGUCAUCGUCGCUCGGUUUUCCACCAGACUUGAUCACGUCUUUUUCUCCGAUUCAACCGCAACAAACUCAACUAAUCCACUCAACAACACUACACAGACCAAUUAAUCCAAUUAAUCCUCAGUCAAAUGUUGUCUCUGGAGGAUUUAGAGAGCCUACAUCGCAACAUAUGCAGGCACCGAGCAUGUGGGACGAUGAGCUUCAUAACGUUGUUCAUAAUGGGUUCAAUUUAAGCGCGCCUCUCAAUAGUUCGGAUUUGAGUGGUCAUGGGAAAGCUGAUACUUAA